AGUUAAUAAAGAUAUUUAAAAGAUAUUUUUCAUUUACCGCCGUCGCUGUUUAUAUUUUUAUUUUUGUGUAAAAUAUAGACUGAAUUUUUAUUGAACACUAAAAAUCAAUCCUUAUCAUUCAUUAUUGGUUAACCCUCUAGAGUUGUAAAAGAAUAAUGAACAGUGAUUUUGAAGACUCAAGACUUACAACAGCUUGGCUGGAAGCUCUUCCUUAUCAUCCAAUUUUUAAUUCUGAAAGAUUAGGAGAGACGUCUGAAGAUUUCCAAGGAUUAAAAUUUUACGGUCAGCCACGAACAAAACCUUCAUGUAUAACAGCUACAGGUAGCAAACUUCUUAUCGUGGCAAUAGAUUCAGAAAUCAGAAUCCUAAAUUUGAUGGAAUUCAAGCUUGCAUGGCGUGAAGCAUAUGAUCAUAAUCAAUUCGAUACACUUGAAUUCGAUGAUUACUUACCGGAAUGGAUAACAAACGUCAAAUAUAUCACACUUCAUACACCACAAAUAAAAUAUUCCAUCCGUUCGCUCGUUGUCAAUUUUAAAGAAAAAGGAACAUUACUUGCAGUUGUUGGUGACUAUGAACUUUCUGUGUUAAUCAUACCGAAAUCUGUAUAUUCAGAAAUAAGCAGCGAGAAAAUUACUUGCAACGUCUAUAAUGUCGGACCAUACUAUCAUGUUAUAGGGUUAAGUCCCAUAGCAAAGGUUCUAUGGCAUCCCAUGAGUGAAUCAGGUUCACAUUUAAUGGUUCUUACAGAAGAUAUGCUGUUAAGAAUGUAUAAUAUAGUUAACGAUAAAAAUGAACCUGAACAAACAUUUAAUUGCACACAAACUGCACAAACUUCAAAUGAAAAUCACCGAAAAAAAGGGAAAGCAGUAUCCUUCUGUUUUGGACAGUCUUCUGAAGCUUGGGGCAAUUUUGUAAUAUAUGUCUUAACAAAUUUGGGAGAAAUAUACGCUAUGUGUCCAGUCGUACCAAAUAAAUGUGUUUGUGAAAAAUUUUUUCUCGAGAUGCUCUCGAGUUACAUUAAACGUAAAUAUGAACGCGGUGAAAAGAUAGUUGAAACUAAUCCCAACAAUCGGGAAGAUUAUUUAGAUAUAUUAGAACAAUAUAGGCUGCAAUUUAAUUGGAUUAAAAGAGUAUUUAUGGAUUUGGAUAAUAAUUUUCAGACAGCUGUAUUCAGUCCUCCACCAUUCGAGAAAUUUCGAGUUGAAGUUCAAGGUCCAUUCAAUAUUAAUCCAGAACCUUUAACAAUAUCUGAUCACUCAUAUGAAGCAAGUGAUAUAUUGAUGUUAGGAACGGAACCUCUUAACGUUUUGGUAGUAGCUUUCACUAAUGGUAGGAUAGAUAUUUGUAUUGAGACUGAAAAGAUUGAGGCAAUGUGGCAAAUUCCAGCCAUUGUGCCUGGAGAAUAUACAGCCCAUGAUUUAAUACUUUAUGAAUGUAUUGACCUUGGUUAUAUUAAAGACUACGUUGUGCCGUCUACUGGCUAUGAACCACAAUUAACAACUUCAAUAAAUCGUCCGUGUCUUGUACCAGAUCCUUAUUAUCGAGACAUAUUUUAUAUAUAUCAUUUGGCCGGUGUACAUGGAAUCAAUGUAAAAGGAUGGUUAGAUGAACUAGGGAAAGUUGUAAACCAAGCAACUUGUAAGGAUUCUUUGGAUGAACCUAUUUAUGAAUCUUUUUUUUCAAAAAAUCUUAAAUCUCAAAUAAAUUGGAUUGCCUGUACACAGCCUAGUGAUCCAGAUCCUUUAAUCGGACUUACAAUAAUGGAAGAUAUACAACUUUGCUAUGCGGCGUUUAUGCUUUCAUCUACGUACGGGUUCGUUUUCCAUGAAUUAUCCGCUCGUAAACCUUUAAAAACCUACGAUAGCGUUCUUCUUAAUGAAGAAUUAAGUCCAAAAAAAACUUUUGAUAUUCCAAAAAUUAACCCAAUACCGGAGACUUUGACUAGAUUUUUAGAUAAUCAGGGUCUCUCCCAUCAACCGAAAAUGGUACCGCCACGUAAUCAACAAAAUAACCGAGGAAACGAAAUUGAUGUAGAGUUCUUUCAUACUGUAAUGGGAAAUUUCCAAAAAGAUGUUUAUGAAAUUAAGGAAGCUGCUAUGGCACUUCAAAAGAGGUUCGAUUUUCAAACUAAAGAAUUAUAUCGACAGAUUAUGGAAAUCGCGAAUUUACGCAAUAAUAUUGAAAAUUAUUCUGAAGACAGAAUACAACAAUUGAGUGAACGUUUGAAUAGUUUGAAAAAUAGACAAAUGUACCUUGAUAGUAAAGCUGAUAGAAUUAUUCAAAGAAUAAUGAACAAGGGAGAUCCAAUUGUUAGUGAAUUUGAGAAACAAUAUUAUGAUUCGUUGGAAGAAAUAGCAAAAGCAAUCAAAGGCGAUGACGGCCUAAAAAACAAAAUGAUUAUGCUUCAGAGUCGGCACAAAUAUUUACAAGAAGAUUAUAAACUUUUGAAACCUGAACUAGAAAAGGAUUCGUUAGGACAACCAAUUAUUCUUAGUGGAAGUCAAUUAAGCAAAGUUGAAAACGCGUUGAAUCAAGAGAUGGAUCUUAUCGAUAAUAAUGUACGAUUGAUUGAAGUAGUUCAAGAAAAAUUGAAACUUAUUAAAAUCAAUUAAUAAAUUGGGGGGUGUUUGUGUAUUAUUAAAGGCUUGUUUCCACUGGCUUUUAUACAAAUACAAUAAAGAAAAUAUGAACUUUAAAUUUAUUUUAUUAAUUCAAGUGAACAUAAUGGAAUUGGCCCAAGUUGUAAACUAUAUUAAAGUUACUAGGCAUUCGUACCAUAAUUCAAAACUUUCCCAGACUCUUUCAAAUGUUAAGAAAAUUCUCCUAUACAAAAUCUGAACAAAUUUUAUAAUAUUUUGCUUCGCUUAUAUACAAUUGCUUUAUUCAGACUCCUAGGCUUAGAACUACCAAACGUAUUUUAGUUAGACAUUAGAAAAAAAAA